CAUAUAUAAACCCCUUUCUCAGCCUCAAUCACUCCUCACCCACUCAGGAUCAUCUCAACAAAAAAUCGAAAACGCACAACCACAGCGACGGAAAUGGAGAACACCAAGCCAACGGAAACCGCCAGCUCCAAGAUGUUCGAAGGAUUCAACAAAAGAUACAAACAUCACUCCUCCACCUUGGGUUGCUCCAUGAACUUCUACAUUUACUUCCCUCCCUCAACUUCUCCUUCCCAAAAAUUCCCUGUACUUUACUGGCUCUCCGGUCUUACUUGCACUGAUGAGAACUUCAUAAGUAAGUCCGGUGCCCAGCGAGUUGCUUCAACUGAAGGUAUUGCAUUGGUUGUUCCAGAUACAUCUCCAAGAGGCCUGAAUGUGGAGGGAGAAGCAGACAGCUGGGAUUUUGGUGUUGGUGCUGGCUUUUAUCUUAAUGCUACUGUGGAGAAGUGGAAGAACUGGCAGAUGUAUGAUUACAUAGUCAAGGAACUUCCAAAGCUUCUUAGCGACAACUUCCCACAGCUUGAUACAUCAAGAGCAUCUGUAAGUGGUCACUCUAUGGGUGGACAUGGAGCGCUUACAAUCUAUUUGAAGAACCUGGACAAGUACAAGUCGGUGUCAGCAUUUGCACCCAUUGUAAAUCCUAUCGACUGUSCAUGGGGCCAAAAGGCUUUCACAAACUAUUUGGGAGACAAUAAAGCUGCUUGGGAGGAAUAUGAUGCCACUUGCCUGAUAUCGAAGUUCAAUGAUGUUGCAGCUACAAUCUUGAUUGACCAGGGAGAGGAUGACAAGUUUUUGCACGAGAAACAACUAUUGCCAAACAAGUUUGACGAGGCAUGUAGGAACGUCAAAGCUCCUCUCCUCUUGCGCAUGCAGCCUGGUUACGAUCACUCUUACUAUUUCAUAGCCUCUUUCAUAGACGACCACAUCCGUCACCAUGCUCAAGCUCUUAACCCGUCAAGGGUGGGGAAUUGCAGAAUUUGAGUGGGAGGAGUUACGGAUGCUGCUUGGAUUGCUUUUUAAUAUCUGAUSUUUAUGCUUUAUUCAUGUGUCUSUCUCAAAUCUUAUUCUAUGGUUCAGUGAAAAUUKGUACUUCUUCUAUGCCCACAAAGGGGAUUUUKAUUCCUCUUUGGAUUUGAAUCUGAGACCUCMUGGUACUU